GGCUCGCAAGCAGCGCCGUACACUGUUAUACUGGAUUGUACUUCAGCGGGAGUUUGUGGUUUGGCAGGUUUAUAUACAUCAAAACAGAACAAAGAGAUAGGCUCUACAGUCCUAUAAAAGAAGAGAGAGAAAAGAAUAAAGCCAGGGAGAAAUCUCAGCGCCUGAAUUACAAAAGAAUUAAGGACACUCCGCUAAUGUUUUUCACAUCCAAAGGGGACAUAAACUGGGACUUUGUACAUUGUGGAGAAUUUGGAAGGCUUUUUGUUUUUUGCGACCACCAAAAGUUUGUUUGGGACACCGCUUUUUUCCUCUAUAUUUGAAUUUUAAUGUUCCGAAUUUCCACCAGAGCGCAAAACUUUCCAAACGGACUGCACAUGGUUUCAAAGGGCUUUUGAAAACCUGGAUGAUAUUUUAUUCGCCGAUAUCCAUGCAGAAGUGUUUGAAGUAGAAUGUUGUAAAUACAUGCGGAUUUUAUUCAGCCUUCUGCCACCCUUGUUCGAAGUUUUUUUUUUUUUUUUUUUUUCUUUUUUACGCACGUCCAUGGUAUUUGCCAAAACCUACCCAUACUUUUAAAGUUUGAAUAAUUCAUGAGAUACAAUUUGCCUGCUCGAAAGAAGUGACUGUAAAAAGGGAGGGGGGUUAUCCACAAACAUAUUCAUAAGGGUUGACGGAAUGGCCACCGCGGCUUCCAAUCCUUAUCUGCCCAGCAAUAGCAUCUUAUCGUCCGGCUCCAUCGUGCACUCUGACUCCGGAGGUGGUGGCAUGCAGCCGGGCAGUGCUGCGGUUACCUCGGGGUCUGGGGGCUACAGGGGAGACCCCUCAGUCAAGAUGGUACAGAGUGACUUUAUGCAAGGCGCAAUGGCAGCGAGCAACGGGGGACACAUGCUGAGCCAUGCCCACCAGUGGGUGACAUCCCUCCCGCACGCCGCAGCGGCAGCAGCAGCGGCCGCGGUCGCCGCAGCUGAAGCCGGAUCCCCCUGGUCGUCGAGUCCCGUCGGAAUGACGGGCAGCCCGCAGCAGCAGGACGUGAAAAACUCCGCCAGAGACGAUCUGCACACGGGCACCGCGCUGCACCACAGGCCCCCUCACUUAGCUCCCCACCAGACUCACGCCGGGGCUUGGGGGAGCACCACCGCCGCGCACAUUAACUCCAUAUCCGGGGGGCAGCAGCAGCAGCAGUCGCUCAUCUAUUCCCAGCCGGGAGGGUUCACCGUCAACGGGAUGCUGAGUCCGGGGAGCCAGAGCCUGGUGCACCCGGGCUUGGUGAGAGGGGACACCCCAGACCUGGACCACGGCAGCCACCACCACCACCAUCACCACCAGCAUCCGCACCACCAGCACCACGGCGGCGUCAACAGCCACGACCCGCACUCGGACGACGACACGCCGACCUCGGACGACCUGGAGCAGUUCGCCAAGCAGUUCAAGCAGCGGAGGAUCAAACUGGGCUUUACGCAGGCGGACGUCGGCUUGGCUUUGGGCACCCUGUACGGGAACGUUUUCUCUCAGACAACCAUUUGCAGAUUCGAGGCUCUGCAGCUCAGCUUCAAGAACAUGUGCAAGCUCAAGCCUUUGUUAAACAAGUGGCUUGAGGAGGCCGACUCGUCCACCGGCAGCCCCACCAGCAUCGACAAGAUCGCGGCACAGGGGAGGAAGCGAAAGAAGCGCACAUCCAUCGAGGUGAGCGUCAAAGGGGCUUUGGAGAGCCACUUCCUCAAAUGUCCUAAACCCUCGGCGCAGGAGAUCAGCAGCCUGGCGGACAACUUGCAGCUGGAAAAAGAGGUGGUUAGAGUGUGGUUUUGCAAUAGGAGACAGAAGGAAAAACGGAUGACGCCCCCAGGAGUGGCACAGACGCCGGAGGAUGUGUACUCUCAGGUCGGCAAUGGGCAUUUUUUAGUAGAUUACUUAAAAGAUGCAAGUGAAGCAAGCGACCAGAGGGUGACAACUACAAGUUCAUUCCACCAGGUAAUUUUGGCGCAUUAAAACACACCCAAGAGGAAAACCCAAGUAUUGUUUUUAUUCUUUUUUUUCUUCCUCCCCUCUCUCCAAACAAAAAAAAAAUCUCCCUUGUCAUUUAUCUGUGUUUGAUUGAAGAAACAAAAGGAGCAGGCAUUUUGUAUAUUUGGACUGAACUGCCUUCCCUCCCUAACAAUAAAAAAGGGGGAAAAACUGCAACAAUGUGAAGAAGAGUGACAUCCACGACGCUUCCAUCGUGAUUUCCAGCAUUUUUAUUUUCUAUUUUUCCCUGAAGUGGACUGCAUGGAUUCACGGAGGAUUUAGGGAUUUUUUUUUUUUGCUGUUGUUGUUGGGUUUUUUGUUUGUUUGUGUUUUCACGCUGAGGCCCUCAGAGAGAAAAAGACAAACCAGGACCAGGACUGUCCCGCCUGAUCUCAAAGAUCACCUUUUGUUUUUUAAAAAACAAUUUUCCACGUGGGUUUUCUUUCUUUUAAUAUUAUUAUUAUAAUUAUUAUUAUUAUUAUUUAAUGGACUUUGACACCGUGAGUGGAUUUUCCUGCCUUUGUUUUUUUUCUUUCCCAACAAAUAGAGCAUAAAGACAUUUGAAAAAGACUAGCUGCACUUAUUUGAUGAGAAAAGAAGAAAAAAAAGAAAAAAAACAUCUGAAAAUUUGUUGCCAAGUGUGACUGAGUGGGUGCUGUGGAUAUACUAUUAAUGCUGCCCUUUCUAAGCAGUGUUCUUUGGUAGGUUUUAAUAAACAAAAACUCUGUAAAGCCGGCAAUAUAGAUCACUAGAUCAGAUACUGAUCUGAGUUAUUUACUUUAUAUUUUUCAUCAGAAUGACUUGUUUUAAUAUUUUAUUCGGAAUACAUAUGAAUUAUUCCAAACGGUAAUUUAUUUUCCCCCCAGGAACUUGUGUAAGAUGUUUUCCCUUUUUUUUCCUGUUUAUUUUUUCCUAUUAUUAUUUUUGUUGUUGCCCUUAUUUGUUUAAUUUUGUAUUAUUAUCGUUUCUAAAGGAGCACAAAUCAUCAUAAGCUGACUUUGACCGUUGUUAGGUAAUAAUAAGGGUAUAUUUUGAUGUGAUCAUUUUUGAUUGUAAUUUAAUUUCAGUAGUGGUUCCGUACGAGCUGAUUGAGACACAAUAAAUUUGUUAGAACGAU